AAUCGAAACAGAAGCGAGGGGAAUAAAAGGGGGCGUCCUUCGCUUCGCUCAGGCUUCAGUCCGUCCAACCCCGCGCUUCUCAGAUCUAAUCAUUCUUUAAUCCAUUUACCUACAUACAGUCUCACAUGAGCACUCCCCGCUCCUCCGCCUCCUCCCCCGAUCCGAUCCCCCACAAAUCCGUAACCCUAGCACCCUCCCUCGGCAUGCGCGAUCCGGAGGAGGACUCGGACUCGACGCCGUCGCGGAUGUCGGAGGACGACGACUGCUCCGGCGGGGGAGGCGGCGGCGGGUGGACGCCGGAUCUGAGGGGCGGCGGCGGCAGGUGGGCGCCGCCGGACCAGGUGCUGGAGAUCGUGCUCGAGAGCGUGCUCGAGUUCCUCACCGCUGCGCGCGAUCGGAACGCCGCCUCGCUCGUCUGCCGCUCCUGGUACCGCGCCGAGGCCCAGACGCGCAGGGAGCUCUUCAUCGGCAACUGCUACGCCGUCUCGCCGCGCCGCGCCGUCGAGCGGUUCGGGGGCGUGCGGGCCGUCGUUCUCAAGGGGAAACCGCGCUUCGCGGACUUCAGCCUCGUGCCCCACGGCUGGGGCGCCUACGUUUCGCCCUGGUUCGCCGCGCUUGGCCCCGCGUAUCCCCGCCUCGAGCGCAUCUGCCUCAAGCGGAUGACCGUCUCCGACGACGAGCUCGCGCUCAUUCCCAGGUCGUUCCCGCUCUUCAAGGAGCUGUCGCUGGUGUGCUGCGACGGAUUUAGCACCCGCGGCCUCGCCAUCAUCGCCGAGGGAUGCAGGCAUCUCCGAGUGCUGGAUCUGACUGAAGAUUAUUUUCAUGAGGAGGAGAACGAGGUAGUGGAUUGGAUCUCCAAGUUUCCAGAGAGCAACACGUCGCUGGAGUCGCUUGUAUUUGAUUGUGUUAGUGUACCAUUCAACUUCGAGGCCCUCGAGGCACUUGUUGCACGGUCACCAGCUCUGCGUCGGCUGCGUGUGAAUGACCAUGUAUCGAUAGAGCAGCUGCGUUGUCUCAUGGCAAGGGCACCCCGUCUCACGCACCUUGGUACUGGUUCAUUCCGAUCUGAACCAGGCUCUGGCGGCACAUCAUCUGUGUCUGAGCUCGCCACCUCUUUUGCAGCAUCGAGGUCACUAGUUUGUUUGUCAGGUUUCUUGGAUGUCAAUGCAGAAUACCUCCCAGCAAUUUACCCAGUUUGUGCCAAUCUCACAUCCCUCAACUUUAGCUUUGCGAGCCUAACUGCUGAGGAGAUCAUACCAGUUAUUAACCACUGCGUCAGUCUUCGCACUUUCUGGGUUCUUGAUACAGUGGGUGAUGAAGGCCUUCGGGCUGUGGCUGAAACAUGCUCAGAUCUCCGUGAGCUGCGUGUUUUUCCUCUCGAUGCCACAGAGGAUUCUGAGGGCUCAGUCUCGGAUAUUGGUCUUCAAGCAAUCUCAGAAGGCUGCCGGAAGCUCGAAUCGAUUCUCUACUUCUGCCAGCGUAUGACAAAUGCAGCAGUAAUCGCUAUGUCUGAGAACUGCCCUAACCUUGUGGUGUUCCGCCUCUGUAUUAUGGGCCGUCACCGCCCUGAUCGGAUUACAGGGGAGCCCAUGGAUGAGGGUUUUGGGGCAAUUGUGAUGAACUGCAAGAAGCUCACUAGACUUUCAGUCUCUGGCCUGCUCACUGAUAAAGCGUUUGCAUACAUCGGGAAGUAUGGAAAACUAAUAAAGACUCUGUCUAUUGCCUUUGCCGGGAAUAGUGACAUGUCUCUUCAACAUGUCUUUGAGGGAUGCACUAGGUUGCAGAAGCUUGAGGUCAGAGAUAGCCCUUUCGGCGACAAGGGGUUGCUCUCUGGCAUGAACUAUUUUUACAACAUGAGGUUCUUUUGGAUGAACUCCUGCAGGCUAACCGCGAAGGGCUGUCGAGAUGUAGCUCAGCAAAUGCCAAAUUUGGUGGUGGAAGUAAUGAAGGAGCAUCCUGAAGAUGAAGGGGAGACAGAUACCGUUGAUAAGCUGUACCUGUAUCGAUCACUUGCAGGACCAAGGAAUGAUGCUCCAUCAUUUGUGAACAUCUUGUAGGAGUGCAAUUGAAGUAGUAUGUGUAUGGACAUGUUUGUGCUAUUAUUCCUGCUAGCUUGUAUUCCUGAUCAAGCAUAUUUUAGAGGCUCAGAAGCAGGGAUGGUGAAGUUUCCCGCGGAUGAUUUUGAAAAUGUCAUGGGUAAUAUGCACGCAUCGUUCAGUUAAGCAGAGCAUCGCUUAUUCUUUUCUGGGCUGAUUCCGUUGAGAUUUAACCUGUAUGGGAGCAGCCCAUGCGAUUUACCUGAUGGUGAAUGGAAAUCUGAGUUAUGACUGUCCUUGCCAGCAUCAGACUGAUGGCUUUGUGCACUAUAAUUGAGUAGUAGGAACUAAUUGCACAGGGACUGGCUGCUGGCCUAGUUAAAUUCGGCAGCAUAUUUUAGAUGGUUCAUGUGCCCUCAAUAUUCUCCGGACACUGAUGGUUUUGUCAUCUAUUUGUUCAAUUUAUCUGCUCACAUGAAGGAAUGACAAUGUUCCAUGAACAGUUGCCUUGUAAUCUCAGCUAUGAUAAAAUUUUCGCCUUCCCAUGUUUUUAGUGUCCUUUCCACAAGUUAAUUUUUGUUAAUCAUACUUGAUCUCACCUUCUGCUGUCAUUAAUCCAGAAGAGAUUUUGGUC